UUUCGACUCAUUUCACAUAACCUGUGAAAUACUGGAUAUUACGAGCGGCGCAGCAACUUGUGGAGGCUGUCAGUGCUACAGUGGAUAAUUGGAAUUGUCUAUAACUAUUGAGCUUACGGAGCUGGGACAUUCGCAUCGCCGAUUACAUCAGGAUAAAGAUGGAACUAUUCGCGUUAUAGGGCAUUCUUGCGACCUACAUAGACAUCAAGAGAUAUAACUAUGCACUCCACUCAGAACUCUCAUACCCGUCAACCAACGCCACAUACUCCUCGCCCGCAGCAACCCAUCCCUUGAUCCCGCCUGUAAGCGUAGAGCUCUCCAUUUCACUCUCCUUACCCUGCUCCUUAAUAUAAUCCUGGAACCACCCCGCUGCACGUCCUCCACGGCCGACCGACGAACCUGUCAAUUAUUAGCUUCCAAGCCCCCAUCACCAAUACCACUGAGAGUAACUCACCACAAUACCAAACGAUCGUCUUGACCCCCGCCGCGGAGAAUAGGUUGAACAGUUGCGGAAUGUUGGGGUAGAGGGAUUGCGCUGGGAGGUUGAUGGAUCCACGUAUCGUUCCGCCCUGGUGUUGUCAGUUCUAUCCAGGAUUAUCACCCUCAUAGAAUGAUGCAGCCACUCUCAUCUUCAUGGCAGGAAUCCAUCGCAAACAUACCUUAUAAUCGUUCCUCCGCAGGUCAACAAGCACAAAGUCCUUCCCAGGCACCUUGCCCUCGGUCAACCAAGAACGCAUCUGCUCCCGCGACACAGGCGUCGCUACCGACUUGGGAGAUGGGAACGCGGCGUGCCAAGGCUGUUCCUCUGUUGGAGGGGCGGGGGCGCUGGUGUUUGCCAUGGUUGUUGCUCUCAAGGAGGUAGAAGAGAGUCGUGAAGAAAGAUAUGGGCGAAGACAGGUAUGGAAGCUGCUGGAUGAGAAGUGUGAGAUUCGACCUACCGAAUGCAUUCUCCAGCUUCUCACCUGCUUUAUAAGCAACUGGAUGCUGUCGUCGAUAUAAAGUGGCGAUCACGUGAUUUUGGAUUGACGUGUCGCCCCACUGUUCUGGUAGACAAAUGUCACUCUGUUGUGGUGAUUGGCUUACAGCCGUGGAUUUGACUUACAGCGGGUCUGAGACCCUUCUGGGCGAUGACAUUUUGAUAAGAUAUGAGAAUAACUGUUUAUGAAUUUCUCAUAUAAAUAUUACAAUAUGGCAUGUUUGUAUUUUAUUUAGCAGUAUUUUGCAUAUUCCUUUGGUUAAAUUCUUAUAAAACCCUUGAUCGAAGUUAUGUCACUCAACGAUACUGAGCCUGCCAGCCAGGAGACCACAAAACGCCACUCGAAAGUCGAUGAAUUGCCCAGCGAUAAUGAGAAAACUCCUCCCAUAACCACCGACAAAGAUGCAGAAGAGCAACCCACAGCAGACUUCGAAAACAGCCGCCAUGCCCCGAAAGAAUCAGCCUUCAAGAGCCUCGGCCUCCUCGACCGCUUCCUAGCAGUCUGGAUCUUCCUCGCCAUGGCCAUCGGUAUCAUACUCGGCAACUUCGUCGACAACGUCGGUCCAGCAUUGCAAAAAGGGACAUUCGUCGGGGUAUCUAUACCGAUCGCCGUCGGCCUGCUUGUAAUGAUGUACCCCAUCCUCUGCAAAGUCCAAUUCGAAACCCUCCACCACGUCUUCCGCGAACGCGAAGUCUGGAUCCAAAUCCUCUUCAGCAUUGUCCUAAACUGGAUUGUCGCUCCUCUCGUCAUGCUCGCCCUCUCCUGGGCCUUCCUCCCCGACAAGCCCUCCCUUCGCGAAGGUCUCAUCCUCGUCGGCAUUGCCCGCUGCAUAGCCAUGGUCCUAAUCUGGACCUCCCUCGUCGGCGGCUCAACCUCCUACUGCGCCAUCCUCGUCGCCAUCAACUCUCUCCUGCAGAUGGUCCUCUUCGCCCCGCUCGCCAUCCUCUACAUAACCAUCAUCAGCCGCGGCACCGCCUCGCCCAUCUCCUACGCCACAGCCGCCCAAUCCGUCGCCGUGUUCCUCGGCAUCCCCCUCGGUACUGCGAUCCUCACGCGCCUCGUACUACGACGCGUCUGUGGCGCAAAAUGGUACGAGGACGUUUUCGUGCGCUUCAUAAGCCCCCUCUCCCUCCUCGGCCUUCUCUUCACGAUCCUCGUCCUCUUCGCCUCCCAAGGACGCAACGUAAUCCACCAAAUCGUCUCCGUCGUCCGCGUCGCCGCGCCCCUAAUCGUUUAUUUCGCCCUGAUCUUCUUUCUCACGCUGCUGGCGUGCUACAAAUUGGGGUUCGGGUACAAGCUCGCGACGACCCAGGCGUUUACGGCGGCGAGUAAUAAUUUUGAGUUGGCUAUUGCGGUGGCAGUGGCGGCGUUUGGGCCGGAUAGCGAGCAGGCGCUUGCGGCGACGGUGGGGCCGUUGGUGGAAGUGCCGGUGCUUUUGGGGUUGGUGUAUGUGGUUAAAUGGGUGGGGAGGAGGAGUGGGUGGAAGGAUUAA